GGAUUUCCCGGCUCCCAGAACUGGAGAAAGCGGCGGUGGGGUGCUUGAGGCCCGGAGGCGAGGCAAGGAGAGGUUGGGGCAACGGUGAGGGCGAGAGCCGGCGGUUUCCUGCGAUUGGGCACCGGGAGAACGCGUGGGAUUUAGCCGGACCGAGAUGAAGAGGGAGCGAAGGGAGGAUGGAUGGUGCGAGGGCCGUGGGCAGCGAGAGGGCGGGCUUCUGCGGCCUCCCCAGAAAGAGCGGGAGAACGGUAGCCCCAGCCUGGGGUGAUGGAAGGGAGGAAAGGAGGAAGAGGGUUCCUCCUGCCUCAACUCCUGAGUCGCUGGGAUUACAGGCAUGCACCACAUGCCCGGCCUUGCUUCAGCUUUAACUGCACUCAACAUUUUCCCCUACAAUUAUUCGCCGAGGAAGGCGAAACCCGCCACAAUGCCCGGUGGAAAAUCGACGGAGAGGAGAAAAGAAAAGGAGUGGAAUAUGGUCCAGCUGCUGUUAGAGAAGCUGGCUUGCUGAAAAGACUCUCUGCUUUGGGUUGCCGCUUAAAAGACUUUGGAGACUUGAGUUUUACUCCAGUGCCCAAAGAUGAUCUCUAUAACAACCUGAUAGUGAACCCACGCUCUGUGGGCCUUGCCAACCAGGAACUGGCAGAGGUGGUCAGCAGAGCAGUAUCAGGUGGCUACAGCUGUGUCACCGUGGGAGGCGACCACAGCCUAGCAAUCGGAACCAUUAGUGGUCACACCCGGCACUGCCCAGACCUUUGUGUCAUCUGGGUUGAUGCCCAUGCUGACAUCAAUACACCCCUCACCACUUCAUCAGGAAACCUCCAUGGACAGCCAGUUGCAUUUCUUCUCAGAGAACUACAAGACAAGGUACCACAACUCCCAGGAUUUUCCUGGAUCAAACCUUGUAUCUCUUCCCCAAGUAUUGUGUAUAUUGGCCUAAGAGAUGUGGACCCUCCUGAACACUUUAUUUUAAAGAACUAUGAUAUUCAGUAUUUUUCCAUGAGAGAUAUUGAUCGACUUGGUAUUCAGAAGGUCAUGGAACAGACAUUUGAUCUGCUGAUUGGCAAGAGACAAAGGCCAAUCCAUCUGAGUUUUGAUAUUGAUGCAUUUGACCCUACACUGGCUCCAGCCACAGGAACCCCUGUUGUGGGGGGAUUAACCUAUAGAGAAGGCAUGUAUAUUACUGAGGAAAUACACAAUACAGGGUUGCUGUCAGCAUUGGAUCUUGUUGAAGUCAAUCCUCGGUUGGCCACUUCAGAUGAAGAGGCAAAGGCUACAGCUAGCCUGGCAGUGGAUGUGAUUGCUUCAAGUUUUGGUCAGACAAGGGAAGGAGGACACAUUGUCUAUGACCAACUUCCUACUCCUAGUUCACCAGAUGAAUCAGAAAAUGAAGAACGUGUGAGAAUUUAGGAAACACUGUGCACUGGCACAUUUCACGAUGGGCAUUCCAGAUUUGCAAAGCAUUCAAGGGGACAGAUACUAAAUGGUUGGCUGGAUUGAUACUGCCUUAAUAAGAACAUCAAUACACUUUCACGAUUGUAAAGUUUCCCCUCUCCAUUUUGGUGACCAAUAAUACUACUGUAAAUGUAUUUUUUUUUUAAAUUCACAAGGUAUUGAUAUAUUACAGUACUAUGUAAAUUUGCAGAAGUCAUAAACUGCAUUUAUUACCUUGGUA